AUGGAGGAAUACUUGAGACCCUUAAGUCCUCGUCCCGACACCAGAGACAUGAAAGGGCACAAGUCGGGGAAGUCUGACCAUCAAGAAAGAGACCGCAAGCGAGGAAAGACUGCAUCCUCAAAAUCUCAACAAAUGAAACACCAGCAUCAUCAGCGUAACCCACAAAAGUUACAUCAGUCGGAUGACAAUGACAGCCAUGAGUAAGUUUGCCAAUCAAAGUCCCCACUUUUCCAAACAUAUUCUAGCUUUUUACCUUAAACUGUUACAAUCAAUAAGAUGUAAGUCCUGAGUUUAUUUAAGAUAAAGUUUUGUAAUCUUCAGAUUUUGUCAGCCUUAUGAUUGAUUUAGUGUGUUUUUAACACUCCCACUUUCCUUUUGAAAUAGCAUCCAGUCUACAACAGAGGACAGCAUUUUCAGUGAUCAUCAUGUCAACCCACCACGUCACUGCGAGAACAACCAGAUUCACCGCUCUCACUCUCACCAUUACCAUCACAAGAAAAACCAUCACCGAGCAUCUUUAUCAGAAACUACACAGAGUUCCUCUGCUGGUUCAUUUUCAUCCACCUCUUCUAAUUCAUCCUCAUCUUCACCUUCCUCUUCAUCUUCAUCCUCCACCUCUGCAUCCUCUUCCUCCUCUUCCUUCUCUUCCUCUUCCUCAUCAUCUUCCUCUUCCUCUAGCCUGUCCUCUGAGAGCAGCAGUGAGGGUUCUAAUAGAUACCCACAAAUGAAGCAUUCCCAGUCCUGCUCUGAUAUUUCCAGGAAAUACAAGUAUUUUGAAGAUGGUGAUGACACAGCCCCUCUGAUUGAUAAAAGAAGUUAUCAUAAUACAUUACCUGCCAAAGGAGAACGGGGCAAAGGCAAGUCCUCUGCGACUGGCCCAGCUCACAGCAACCUGAAGAAUACUGGGAAAACAAAAAGUGACUUGGGAAACAGUGGAAGUUUUCGCAAAGCCAAAUCAAUGGAGGCUCUUACAAGGCCCAAAGAGGGAGAGUGGGAUGCCCAUGAAGAUGAAAAAGAUUUAGAGAAGGACAAAGUGGAAGCUAGGAAGAACUUAAUGAAGGAAAAGAUGAAAUUCUCUGCCUUCCUAAAUGAGAUCACCAGGCAGGUGCUCAGCCCGAUGAGACUCACCACACUAGGGGUCACAGAUACUAAAAGACCCAGCAGUCCAGGACAGACAUCUGUGAGAUCUCUUAAAGUAGAGAGCACCACCGAGAAGCUCAGACUCCAAAGUCGGCCCACCAGUGCAGAUUCGGCAAGAUCAAGCAAACAUACCCAAACCAGGAAAGACUCAACUUGUAUGUCUCACUCUAAAUCUUUCCAGCAGUGUCAUCAUGGUCACCAAUCUUCAGACUCAACACAUCACAUGAUACACCGACCCAGGAGCUGCACUGACAUCAGCUGUUCUAAGAGACAACACUCACAGACCCGUCACCAAGGAAACCAUCGUCAUUCUAGUCGCCGUCACCAUGCUGACCUAA